GUACCGUAACAUUCGUGGUGGUGCAUUUAUUAUCAAUGAGGUGGUAAACAUUUCUGGGCAAAGAAAUGUGACUAUUAUCCUUUUGCCAAAUCAGUCGUUUCGCGGUGGUCUUCAGGUUCUCAGGGUAGCUCGUAAUUAUAUUCGCGGAAUUAUUUAUGGUAUGAUUGUACGCAGAAAAUAAGUUUUUUGUGUGUGCUCUGAUGAAGUUGUGACCUUUUGAUGCAAUCAUUGUUCAAACAAAUAGAACUACACACUUGAGUGAGACUAGCGACAACAGAAAAGCUUGUCAAAAUGGAAAAAGCAAUGAACGAGAUUUGUGAUAUGCUGGAUACCUACACUGGACGGGACAAGAUCGUGCGAACACUAUGCUACACAACCAAGCUGGCCGCCGGGCUGUACGUGAACAAGGAUCCGGAUUUUUCGAAAAAGUUGGCCAUUUUCAGCUCCAAAAUGUCCCAAACGAGGGCCACCCUCCGGUUGUUUGACGAUUUGCCAAUGCUGGCGUACUCGCUGAACUAUGGAACCGGCGCGAAGGAACCGGACCGCAUUAUGGGAUUAAUCGGGUUCAUUACAAACAUGAUCGAUCACGUCUACUACCCGGUGGACAAAAUCUGCUGGAUGAUCGAGUACAAGCUGCUGCAGGUCAAAAAUCCGGACCGGUGGGACACAAUCAAUUCCGUCUUCUGGGUCGCCUCAAUCUAUCUGAACCUGAUGAAAACGAUUCGAAGUUACACGGUCAUGGAGCAGCACAAAACGCACAUCAACAAACCGGAAAAUGAGUCUAGCCACGCCCUCCGGAUGCUGCACGUGAAGCAACGCAUGGAGCUCAUCUCGAUCGUGCGCCUCUCGCUUGACCUGGUGCACGCCGGAAGUACCCUCCCCUCGGGAAUGCUCUGGGGUGGCCGGUUCGAGUCGUGGCAGGUCGGCCUCAUCGGCACGGUUUCUUCGUUCAUCGGACUGUACCAGUACUUUGCCAAGAAGCGAAUCGCCGCGGCCAAGAGUUCGUAGUUUCUGGGGGCACGUACUUUCACAAUCAGCAUUUGCAACGAGUGAUUACUAGGAUAAGGAUAGCUUUUGUACAGCUUUUAUGUAGAACAUAGCUUAUGAAAGAUAAUUUUGUUGAAUACGUUGGACAUUUUAUGUGCGGGGGACAAAAUUAGCAGCAAAUUGGGAUAAGGGAUAACGAAAAUUGCUUCUAUGAAAUAAACGAUUUUGUAAAUAAAUCAAAUAAAUUUAAAUGCUUGUCUUUGUUUA